CAAUUCAUCAGGGAGCUUCAGUAGGGGGAGGGCAUUUGUUAUUGGCUGUCUCUGGCCCUCAAGGAUAACAUUACUGCUCUUUUGAUUGGCCAGCCCACUGCUGCAAGAUUCUAACCAUCUUAUUUUGAUGAUAAAUAUGAAGAGAAGCUAAGCUGUGCAGGAGUGUAGUGCUCACACACUGCUCUGCUCUCUCCGUGCUCUUAAGGACUGGCAGCCUGUCUUUCCCAGAACUGAGCAGAGUCAAGGGAAAUAACCAGAAAGUUGUGAUGCUUUUCUUCACUCAGUGCUUUGGGGCUGUGUUAGAUCUUCUACACCUUAGGUUCCAGCACUACCAGGCUAAGAGAGUAUUUUCUUCAGCAGGGCAACUGGUCUGUGUGGUUCACCCAACACAAAACUUACAGAAUGGUUCUAAUAGAAAUGCCACCCCUGAGGAGGAUUCCUCGCAAAGAAAGGACCAAUACCUUUGCCAUCAGUCAGUCAAGGUGUCAGUCAAUGACCCACAGCUAACUUCUUGCACUUGCCCUCUGUACUCUUGUAAAUGGGAAGGCCACUUGGAGGUUAUUGUUUCUCAUCUGAUCCAAUCUCACACAAUUAACAUUCUUCAUGGAACAGAAAUGGUAUUUCUAGCUAUGGACAUGCACCUUCCAGCACCAGUGGAUUGGAUAAUAACACAUUCUUGCCUAGGCCACCACUUUUUGCUGGUACUUAGGAAACAUGAGAAAUAUCAAGGCUUCCCACAAUUCUUUGCUACCAUGAUGCUGAUUGGCACUUCUGCUCAGGCACAAAAUUUUAACUACAAACUGGAGCUUAACAGGAACAGAAGGAGACUUACAUGGGAAUCCACUCCCCGUUCAGUUUUAGACUGUGUUGACUCUGUAAUUACAAAUGGAGAUUGCCUGAUACUUAAUGCCUCAGUGGCUCAGCUUUUUUCAGAUAAUGGCAGCCUGGCUAUUGGAAUUGCAAUAACUGCCAGCAAACCUUGUCCUGUGGAACCAGAAAAAUGAUUUUUGCCUGGCAUUCAUACAAAUGUACUUUAUAAUGCUUGGUCUUGGGUAAUAUGAGCUUUUUUAUUGCUCGUAAAUGUCUUUCUGUAAAAGAAAUUCCAUUUUGACUUCAUUAUAAAUGUUUUCAGAUAUAAGUUGCCCUGACAGCCUUUAUAAACAAUUUUCACAAUCACAAAAAUGGCAGUUCUUUUGUGCAAAGAUUUAGAGUAAGGCAAAUUGCAAUUUUAUACCAUGUUGAAUAAAUGUAUAUACUUGAACAUACACACAGACAUUUAUAUAUGUGUAUACUGUAUAUAAACAUAUGUUUGGAAACUCCUGCUAGUUGAGCAGGCUGGUAAAUAUUGUACUACUUUUAAAUUAAAUUUAUUAUGAGCAUUGUUCCUACUAACUAGUUAAAGGAACAGUAACACCGAAAAAUGAAAGCUUUGAAAGUAAUUAAUAUAUAAUAUAAUGUUAC